UGCAGUCAAUGAACAUCAUUCUUACAUAGGUAUUCCUCUUGUCCAGAUUGGAUAGAGCAGUGUGCAGUGUGAUGGUCUGUGGACCUAUUGAGGCGGUAUGCAAAUUGAAGUGGGUCUAGGGUGGCCAGUAAGGUGGAGGUGAUAUGAUCCUUGACUAGACUCUCAAGCACUUCAUGAUGACAGAAGUGAGUGCUAUGAGGUGAUAAUCACUUAGUUCAGUUACCUUUGCCUUCUUGGGUACAGGAACAAUGGUGGCCAUCUUGAAGCAUGUGGGGUCAGCAGACUGGGAUAGGGAGAGAUUGAAUAAGUCCGUAAAACACACCAGCCAGCUGGUCUGCGCAUGCUCUGAGGACGCGGCUAGGGAUGCCGUCAGGGCCGGCAGCCUUGCGAGUUUAAAUGUGUUACUCACAUUAGUCAUUGAGAAGGAGAGGGGGUUCCCGCAGUCCUUGGUAGCGGGUCGCAUUGGUGGCACUGUAUUAUCCUCAAAGCAGACAAUGAAGGUGUUUAGUUUGUCUGAAAACAGACGUGGCUGGUUUUCUUUUUGUAUUCUGUGAUUGCCUGUAGACCCUGCCACAUACGUCUCGUGUCUGAUCCGUUGAAUUGCGACUCGACUUUGUCCCUUUACCGACACUUCAAAGUAUUGAUAGUCAAACAACAAAACACCACGUGAUGUAACAUAAUGCAACAUAUUUUACAUAAUGCAUUCUGCUAAAUGUAUAUAAGUUGGUGAGGUCACAAUGGGGCGACACUAAGGAAAACCUGCGCAGGUUCUAGGGGUAAAACAGAAAAGGCACACGUGUAGUUCAAAGUAUUAAGGGCGGCAGGGUAGCCUAGUGGUUAGAGCAUUGGACUAGUAACCGGAAGGUUGCAAGUUCAAACCCCCGAGCUGGGGUUUUCAUUGAAAAUAAGAAUUUGUUCUUAACUGACUUGCCUAGUUAAAUAAUGGUAAAAAAUAAUAAUAUUAGGUUGGAAGUAAAAGCUGCCUUGUGGAGGGAAAAAGUACACUGUUUGUGUUCAGCCAUAUUCCCAGUCAUGUUUCCAUGGUUAAAUGCGUGGUUCCUGCUUUCAGUUUGGCGCGAAUGCCUGCCAUCUAUCCACAGUUUCUGGUUAAUGUCAGUUUUAAUAGUCACAGUGGAUACCACUUCCCCAAUGCACUUCCUUAUAAACUCACUCACUGAAUCAGUGUAUAAAUCAAUAUUAUUCUCUUAGGCUGUCCGGAAAAUUUCCUAGUCCGUGUGAUCAAAACAAUUUUGAAGCGUGGAUUCCGAUUGGACCAGCAUUGAAUUGUUCUCAUCACGAGUACAUCCUGUUUGAGUUUCUGCCUAUGAGACGGGAGGAGCAAAAUGGAGUUGUGGUCAGAUUUGCUGAAGGUAGGGCGAGGGAGGGCUUUGUAUGCAUCGCAGAGUAGCAGUGAUCUAGUGUAUUGCCCGCACGAGUGCUACAAUCAAUAUGCUAAUAGAAUUUAGGUAGCCUUGUUCUCAAUUUUGCUUUGUUAAAAUCCCCAGCUACAAUAAAUGCGGCCUCAGGAUAUAUGGUUUCCAGUUGGUAUAGAGUCCAGUGAAGUUCCUUGAGGGCUGUUGUGGUAUCGGCUUGGGGGGGGAUAUACACUGCUGUGACAAUACCCAAUGAGAAUUCUCUUGGGGAGAUAAUAUGGUCAGCAUUUGAUUGUGAGGAAUUCUAGGUCAGGUGAACUAAAGGUCUUGAUUUCCUGUAUGCUGUUACGAUUACACCAUUAGUCGUUAAUCAUGAUGUAACAAAUCUCUUCGUCAUCUGAGGAGUAGGAAGGAUCGGACCAAUAUGCUGCGUGGUAAGUGUCCAUGUUAAUUUAUUAGACUGAACACAAAAACAAAAUAACAAAGUGAAUGAAAGAAACUAAACAGUUCUGUAAGGUGACAUACACUAAACAGAAAACCACUACCCACACCCAUAGCGGGAAAACAGGCUGCCUAAGUAUGGUUCUCAAUCAGAGACAACGAUAACCAGCUCUCUCUGAUUGGGAACCAUACCAGGCCUAAACAUAGAAACACAACACCUAGACAUACAACAUAGAAUACCCACCCACAUCACACCCUGACCAAACUAAAAAUAGAAACAUACAAAGCAAUCUACGAUCAGGGCGUGACACAUGGAACAUGCACCCCCACCCCUCUUCUUCCCAGAGAAAUGUUUCUUUCUGUCGGUGAGACGGAUAAAGAAUCCCAGUGGCUGUACCGACUUCGACAACAUAUCCCAUAGACUGCACAUUGGCGAGUAAUAUACCCGGAAGCAGUGGGUGUGUGCACGCAUCCGGAAUCUGACCAGGAGGCCGCUCCGUCUACCUCUUCUGCGGUGACAUUGUUUUGGGUCAGCCUCUGGAAUCAGAUCCAAAGCCCUGGGUGGUGGUGCGAACAAAGGAUCUGCUUCAGGAAAGUCAUAUUCCUGGUCGUAAUGUUGGACGACAAAAGGACAUGCAAUCCACAGAAGAGGACGAUGACAAAACUGUGUCUCGUAAUCUCUCUUUUAUUUAGAGCAGUGUUGUCCAUUGGUAUCAUCACUCAGUCUGAUCUUUUGAAGAACUUCAUCCCUGGAGACACUGUUGAUUUGAAAUGCUUCAUCUCUGGGACUGGCGGAGACUACUACAACUGGUUCAAACUAACAGUAGGACAAGCUCCAGUGAUGAUGGUAUCUCUUUACCUUGACUCAAAAGAUCCAACGUUCUAUGGGGAGUUUGACAACAACCCUCGGUUUUCUGCAGAGAAGAACGGAGACAGUUUUGUGCUGACCAUUUCAAAUGCCAAGACAUGGGAUGUGGGGAUGUAUUACUGUGCUGCACGUGAUUAUGAUGGCAUGAUCUUUGGAAAUGGUAUAUUUCUGAUGCAUAAAGGUGCAGGGUCCAGGAACCAGCAUCUUGCUCAGCAGUCUGUGUCUGAGUCAGUCCAGCCAGGAGACUCUGUGACUCUGAACUGUACAAUACACACUGAGACCUGUGCAGGAGAACACAGUGUCUAUUGGUUCAGACAUGGCUCAGGAGAAUCCCAUCCAGGAAUCAUUUACACUCAUGGAGACAGGAGUGAUCAGUGUGAGAAGAGCCCUGAGGCUGGGUCUCCUACACAGAGCUGUGUCUACAACCUCCCCAAGAGGAACCUCAGCCUCUCUGAUGCUGGGACUUACUACUGUGCUGUGGCCUCAUGUGGGGAGAUACUGUUCGGAAAUGGGACCAAGCUGGAGAUUAGUAACAAUUACGGAGACCCUCUUCUCAUGGUGUAUUGCCUGAGCUCAGCAUUGGGUCUCUCAUUUAUCCUGAUACUUUUCCUUGGUUACAUCAUGUACAAGAUGAACAAGACAAAGUGUCUGCAGUGCAGAGGACCCGCCUCUCAGACAAGAAGUCCAGCAGUCUCUUCUUCAGAUUCAGGGGCCCACGAUGCAGACAGUCUUCAUUAUGUAGCUCUGAAUCUGAGCAACAAGAAGAACAGGUCUAGAAGACAGAGAAGCAACAUGGAGGAAGAGACGGUGUACUCUGGGAUCAGACAGUAGAACUGGAUGAAUUAAAUAGUUGUCAUUUUAUACCAGAUAGCUCUUAACUAGCUCUAACGUAAUUAGCUUUAUAUGAAUGCUUCAGUUUUUUAAGUGUAAUAUAAAGUGCAAAUAGAAAAAUAAAGCAUUUCCAUCUG